CGGUGCUCGUCAGUCGCAAUGAGAGCAAUAAUCGGGAAUUCUGUUAUCUUUAUGUGUUGUAUAUAUGUCAUACCUAAUGUUCUACAUACCUUAACGAUAAGCCGUGUUGCGGUUCAGUGUGCUCUGUAAAUCUGCCCAGCACUCUGGAUGUGGGUCUGUAGAGUCUCCGGAAAUGACUUCUCACUGGCUUAGAGAAAUCACAUCUGAGCCGUGAAUCAGGAGGAUGGAUCCGCGAACAUUAGUGAUAUAACUGCACACUUUCACCUCCGGAGACAUUGAUGUGCGGGGACUGACAGCUGUAAACGAGAAAACAACCGAGCAGAAGAAAGAAAAUCAUACACAUCUGGGAUGGCAUGAGGUCCCUUCAGUCCCUAAAAUGAUGUUGUCCAAUCCUCCGACUGACCAGAAAGGGACAGCGCAGGUACCUGCAUCUCCAGCUGGUCCGUGCCGGCGUGCUCCACAGUCUCCACUAUAUCAGGAGCAGCUGGCCGCAGGAUGCCGAGAAACCAGCAAGGAAGAGGGUGGAUCUGGUAGCAGACCACUGACAUCUGUCUUUGAGAAAGCCAUGAGGGAAGUUCAUCCAGAGACUGACGGAACACGAAGACAGAUGGCGUUUGAUCCUAGUUCAGCUCGCAUGCACAUGUAUACUCGUGCAGAUGAAGAGGGCAAGUUGAGGGAUCCACGAACAUGGACAUCUGCCACCUUCAAUUCAGCUCCUUUAACUGGCCCAUCAGGAGAGCAACUAGGCAUUCUAGAACGAUUUCUUGUGUCCCAUCAAACUGAGAUGAAACAUCUGCUGACAAAUACUCUCGGCUCUUUGACCAAGCGUUUUGAGGCAGUGGAGAAGAGGAUGGACCAGCUGUGUUCACAAAGCUGUGCCCACACACGUAGUUUAGCCCUGCUUCACAGUAAAGUUGGCCAACUGGGCAGAGACUUGUCCUCUGGCUGUCCGAAUACUCCUUGUGUUUUACCUGCUUGCAGUCUUGGAGAGGAUCCAAAAGUGUCAAAAGACAACAAAGGAAUGAUCUCAAAUAUUUCCUCUUCUAGGCCACUUUAUAGUGCACUGUCCCCAGAGGCAAAUAAGGACCCUGUGUGUUCAUGGGCAAUAUCGACUCCUUCCCAGGCCAGGCAAAGCACUGCCCAUAAGCCUGAGGACACUAGCUGUCAGUGUCAAAUUGGGAAUUGCAGUGCUUCCAGUUCAUCAUAUGGAAUGCUGAAAACUAGCCCUUCGAGACAGGCUGAGAACUGUUUGCAGGGGAACUACUCACCUGUUUCUGACUUUGAAGAACUGGAGAUGGAAUUGGAAGCUGAAAAGGAUAGAGUUGCAUCAAGCUUAUUGGUUGAUUCUGUUCUCAGCAGCUCAGAUAACAAUGACAGCCUGGAACUCCUUUGUAAACAGGAAGCUCAAUCCUCUGAUAGUGUGGAGAAUGCUGUUUCCAGUCAGGAAUUAGAAGCCACCAAGUAUAAUCAGUCUUUACAUGUUCCUGCACACCCCCAGGUGCCUUCCUUUAGCACUCAAUUUCUCAAAUAUUCAUCUCCAAGUGGCUUGAGGUCAAAGACAGAUAUGGAUCCUCUUUAUUUAUUUUCAAAUGCAACAGAAUCAAAGCCCUCUGGGAAACCUGCGACAUUGACAAAUUCCACAAAAGACAAGAGUGAAAAUAGUCAGCCGCAGUCCUUCAGUCAAAGUACCUUCUCAAAACCGCUUGGAGCACAACUUAACCCUGAUAAAUCCAAGGCUUGUUCAGUUCUCUUAGUUAAUUUUCAGACUUCUAAUAAGAAAGAGGAAGAAAUCAGGGAAAAGAUUGUCAUAAAAGAUGAGAAGCCAUUCUUAAGUGUUUUUCACUCUACUACUACCUCAUUGAGUAAUAAUUCUUCAGUCUUGGGGAGCAUCCCAACUUCAAGACAAAUAGAAGGACAGGCAGGUAGAAAUGUUGGAGAUUCUGCUGACAGCACAAAGGUAGGUAGUAAGGGACAAAGUGAGCAAGUUGAGGAGCAUACUAGCUUUGAUGGUCAGUUUUCAUACUCAAAAGAUAGCUCAUUAAAACUCCCUUUUCAAGGGUCAUUAAUCCUGCCAUACUGUGAACUCACUUUACCAAACCAAUUGGUAAAAAGUGUAGGGGACCUAAAAACACUGGGUUCGAUUUUGCCGGUUUAUCAAACACCCUCAAGUUCCAAACUCUCUGCUCCAAGAAAUGGGUCCUCAAAACCAUUUAAUCUAGAACUCAAGUCUAACCAUGAUACUGAAAAACUGUUGAAUCAACUCUCUGACACUGCCCAGCGCUUGGUGUCCAGCAGCUACUCCACAAAUGACUUGGUACUGCAAGACAGAUGGACUGGUUGUAGCAGGUCUGAUUCCAAGCUCAAACACUACGAUGGUAGGAAACGUCACCUUCCUGGAUUUCCUUCUGUUAAAGUAGGUGAAACGCUUUCUCUGUCCUUUCAUGAGGAGAAAGAAGAGACAUCCGACCAUUGGCAGCCGAUUCUUGAGGACUCAAUAGUCCCCAUCUCACCUCGGUUGACUCGGACACUAACUUGUCCUUCUCAUGCUUUUUCUAUCAACCGGGAGCUGGAUAAAGACACUGUGUGUUCUCCUAGCUUGUCUCAAGUUUUUCAGCCCACCACUCUGCCUAUGUCUACUUUAAGCAAAGGGAGCUUCUCUUGGGCAGGUAUUAGUACUGUCCUGGCUUUAUCUUCUCCAGUGUCCUUCAGACUGUGGUUUCGACACAGGCGACUCAACUUGCACAUGCAGGUGUCACGUCCUGGUGUCCAUACGGUUGUAAGUCGGAUUUUGGGCCAGUGCAAGUCUCAUCCUUAUCGACCACUGGUUGACUUUACAGCCCCACCAGGUUUUGACAAUGAUCACCACUAUACACGACGAUCCAGUCAAGAAGCUACACCCAGCAGGAAAAGGGCUUCAGCACGGAAAGCAUCAUCAACAUUUCAUCUGUCAAAAAUUCGUCUCACACCAGAACGGAGUCUGGAUCAUUCCCCACGGCACAGCAUCAGCCCUAAAUCUCUGCGUUUGGAUGGAUCUCCCACUGAAUCUGUCCCCAGUUUUGCUAUUGUCAGUGCAAAUGUGAAAUACCCUGGUCUGCAUGGUCGGGGGGCAUCUAGAGAAAUGAACCAGGUGGGACUUUAUGAUGCUAAUGCUGGAGCUCCACCAGGUCAGCGUUCCAAAAAGGUCUCCCAAAUUAGGAUUCGCAAGACUGUUCCAAAACCUGAUAACAACCUUACACCAAUGGGACUUCCCAAACCAAAGAGGUUGAAGAAAAAGGAAUUCAGUUUGGAAGAAAUAUAUACCAACAAGAAUUACAAGUCUCCAGCCCCUAACAGAAGUCUGGAGACGAUAUUUGAAGAGCCGAAAGAGAAGAAUGGCGCUCUGGUGUGCAUUGGUCAUCAGAAACGUAAACGAGUUCUAGAUUUUCCAGAUUUCACACUGCCACGGAAACGCAAGGCUAAAAGUAACCUGGGGCCACUACGUGUAAAGGGGCCACGGGGAAGGGCUCGUAGGGGUAGACAAGAUGACGCUGACCUUGACAUAAUGCUUAUCGAGAGGCUUACAGAACUGGAAGACUACUUUUCUCGCCAAGGCCUGGAGGUUUAAGCAAAGUUGUUUCCACAAAUCUUCGUUUUCAGUUCUUGUGAACAGGUUUUAGGUUACCAGAAAUGUUGGUUUUAGUCAUACUGCCUGAACAUGCAAAGAAUUGGAGCUUCACACAUCAUUGUUCACUUUAGAACAAUUAGCGAUAGAUGGACAUUUUUCCUGUAGCAUUUACAGUUGAGACUUCAAAUUAAUGUGCACUGACCCAAAAGACAUUUGAGCAGUGUGUUUGUGUGUGAGGGUGUACAUAAUACAAGCACAUUAUAGUUAAACUUCAACAAAGCACUUUCUGUUUCCCCACAAUGUGAUUGUUGCAGCUAUGUUACUCUCGCAUUCGCUACACGUUGCUAACCAGCAUGUUCCUUACCGUGAUUUUGAGCCUGUGUUUGAAGACUGUUUAUGCAUUUCAUGAUUUCACUAAUAAGGUGGGUGCUCAUUCUAGACUACUAAUGAUCUUAUCAAAUUAGCAUCUUGAAUUAUUUAACCAUUUUUCAUGUGCAUUAAGUCUGGACUGCAAGUAUUACUUAAACCAUUUUCCCUGUGUAUCUGAAAUGCUAAAGGACUUGCUACCAAAAACCGGACUAGAAAAAAUAUAUAUUUUGUAAGUCGUUAUCUUCUAUUAAGUCAAUCUUUUAAAGGAAUAGUUCACCCCAGAAUGAAAGUUCUCUCAACAUUUACUCACCCUCAUGCCAUCCCAGAUGUGUAUGACUUCAAAUAAAGAUUUUUAGAAGAAUAUCUCAGCUCUGUAGGUCCAUAAAAUGCAAGUGAAUGGUGACCAGAACUUUAAAACUCCAAAAGGCAUAUAAAGUCAGUAUAAAAGUAAUCCAUAAGACUCCAGUGGUUUAACCCAUGUCUUCAGAAGUGAUAUGAUAGGUGUGUGUGAGAAAUAGAUCAAUAUUUAAGUCCUUUUUUUUACUACAAAUCUCCAAUUUCACAUUCACAUUGUUAUUUUGUUUUUGGCAAUUCACAUUCUUCAUAUAUAUCGCCACCUACUGGGCAGGGAGAAUUUAUAGUAAAAAAGGACUUUGGAUAUUGGAUAAAGGAUAUUGAUCUGUUUCUCACCCACACCGAUCAUAUCACAUCUGAAGACAUGGAUUAAACCUUUUUUUUAGCUUCAAAGUUCUGGUCACCAUUCACUUGCAUUGAAAGGACCAACAGAGCUGAUAUCUUCUUCUAAAAAUCUUUGUUUGUGUUCAGCUGCAGAAAGAAAGUCAUACACAUCUGGGAUGGCAUGAGGGUGAGUAAAUAAUGAGAGAAUAUUCAUUUUUUGGAUGAACACUUUGCAGUAUUUGGCUUUUCCUUGCGAUUUUUUUUUUUUUUUGUUUGUUUCUUUUAAAAAUCUUAAUGUAUUUCAUUUAGAUGUUAAAGUUUGUGUUUUUGCAUUUGUUGAUCAUGGGCUGUCAUGUUAAAAUUGGCUUUCUUUCAGCCUUUUUAAGUUAAAUUGAUCCAUUGCGGCUGUCCUUCUAAUGCUUCACUGUUUGAUUUAAUUAAAUACAUUUGUAUUCGGUAGUAUCAAAUUAUAACAUUUAUUCUGUCCUAUGCCGUAUAGUAAGAGAACAUGCAGAGCCUCUAACACAAGAUAAGCCAGUAAUUUGAAGUUUCUAUUUGGUUAAAAAUGUGGGGGGGGGGGGGCACUUUGAUUUCAUGGUAAUUGAGAGAAUGCUUUUGUUCAUCACAUACUUAAAAGGCAAAUGCAUUUAUCCAAUGCUGAGCUCAGUUUUGAUAUUUGAUAAAUGUUUGCAGUGAAUCUAUGCCUCUGUCUUGCAGGUGUAAUAUCUGGUUGACGUUAAGAAUGCAUUACAUCCCCCACCACUUGGUUUAUUUAGCAGCUAAUAAAGUGAUGAGCUGGCCCGAUUCGACAUGGGUUGGUUUUAGUUUUAUCAUUCCAUUGUACAGCUUCUUUUUCUUAUUGUUUGAGGAUGCAAGCAAGGCCAGGUAUUUAGUUUUGAUGUGGUCAGGUUUAUUUCAUGAUUUAUUUUUCCUAUUAGAGAGCUUUUACAAUCAACUGUAAUGUACUUUUGGACCUAUAAUCUAAAGCUUUGGAAGUCUAUCAGAUAUCUACACUUGAUCCCCAAAGAGUCUGAGCCUUUACCUGACAAGCAUCUCUGUGCCAGUAGAACGGAGUGAUAGAAACGUGAUUUCAACACAACCUGCAGCCAUAAGUAGUCUGCUUAUUUCUUUGAACUGUUAGGAUGGUACACACAGACCCUAAUUUUGAAAAGAAAGAUGUUAUAUGUUUACACAGGUAUGCAGUGGAACUGCCUGUUUGAUCUUUUUUCAUGAUGGAAAGAUUUCCAUUUUGUAUUGAUCUUUUUUUUUUAUUAUUUCUUUAUUUCCCUACCAUCCACACAGUGUUACAGAUACUGCGACUGUGCUUCUGAUCCUUUACCCCACCAACACUAAAUACUGCUUGAGUGCUGUAAUGCAAUGUGAUUUUAUAUAAGUAUUUUAUGAAUAAAAUUGUGUUAAAUAAGA